UGGCUCCCCAAACUUUUACUCCCCUCUGCGGGAAGGCGAUGUGUCGGGGUCACCUGUGGGCAGGAGCCAAAGUGGGAGCGGGUCCCCCCCGCCAGCCCCGUUUCUCAGUGCCUUUCUGUGCGGAGCAGGGCGAAGUCUAAAAACGGAGGGAGAUCUCUGAGGGAGAAACUGGACAAAAUAGGAUUAAACCUGCCAGCCGGGAGGCGUAAAGCUGCUAACGUUACCUUGCUCACGUCGCUUGUGGAGGGAGAAGCAGUACAUCUCGCUAGAGAUUUUGGGUACGUUUGUGAGACAGAAUUUCCUGCCAAAGCAGUAGCUGAAUUUCUCAACCGACAACAUUCCGAUCCAAACGAGCAAGUCACAAGAAAAAACAUGCUUCUAGCUACAAAACAGAUCUGUAAAGAGUUCACCGACCUGCUGGCUCAGGACCGAUCUCCCCUGGGGAACUCGCGGCCCAACCCCAUUUUGGAGCCGGGCAUCCAGAGCUGCCUGACCCACUUCAACCUCAUCUCGCACGGCUUCGGGAGCCCGGCGGUGUGCGCUGCCGUCACCGCCCUGCAGAACUAUCUCACCGAGGCGCUCAAGGCCAUGGACAAAAUGUACCUCAGCAACAAUCCCAACAGCCACACAGACAACAGCACCAAAAGCGGCGACAAAGAGGAGAAGCACCGAAAGUGAGGAUCCCCCCCUUCCUCUCCCUUCCCCCUCAUAGCCCAUCGAUCCAUUCAUCUCCCUCCUCCCUCUCCCCUGCACCCAGCACCCCAGGCUACAGCAACAGAAUGAGCGUCCUUCUGCCAAUCCUGUUCUCUGACUCUGCAGGACUGCUCUGCCCUCUCCCCAAACCCCUUCCCAGCAUCCACAUUUCCAUUUGCUCCCUCUUGACUUUCCCCCCCCUCCCCGCUGCCACCAUCGUUAUACCCCAGUUUGGAGCCCAAGAGAACAGAACAGGGGGAUGGAGCCAGCAAAGAAAAAAAGUUCUGUCUUGAGUUUGUGAACUUUUUUUAAAAUAAAACAAAAGGAGGAAAAAAAAAACAAAAACAAAACAAAAAAAGAAAAGGACUUUUUUUUCUAAAAAUAUAUUAAAAAAAAUUUUAAAAAAGCCCCAAAAGAAAUAAAUAACUAAUACUUUAAAAAUUCUAUGAGCUUCACCGGACUGAAUCACCACCUUCCCUUACAUAAACUUCAGUUAAGAUUGUAGCCAUAUUAAAACCGAAAAAAAAGUGAAAAAAGUGCAACAGCAGCAGCAACAGCAAACAAACAAAAGGCAAAAAGGACUGAUGACAUUUUAUCAGUAUUGUGAAUAAACUUGAACACAAAACACAAGCAGUUCCAUGUCAUAUCUUCAGUUGUAGAACUUUUUCCUGUCCAAGGUAAAGCGACCAACUUGAACUUUCUAUUGCAACACGAUUCACGGUUAUUAUAUAAGGGAAUCAGUGUUCAUGUAUGUAUAUAUUUAUUUAUGUGUAAUUUAAUGGGAAUUGUAAAUAUGGUGAGUCUGUUUUAAGCCUUUUUUUAUUUAUCUGGUGAUCUCGUUUACCUCUUGUUUAGUGGGUUUUAAAUCUUCCCCUCUUAGUUCAUCAUGUGGUUCAUGGUACUUAUUUAGAUAUCAGAGGUUUUUUGGGGUUUUUUCUCUGGGAUUCAUCAUUUUUAGCCCUGUUGUAGCAUGUUAAAGGCGACAAUGAAGCAGCUGAACAAAUAAAGAACCAUGAAUUUUUAUAUAUAAUUAGUAUGACAUUUAGUUUCUCAUUGAAGAUAAAAUAAAGUGAUGUUGGACCCUGGCAAGGUUUUUAAACAUGUUAGUGGUUUUACAACCCUUAUGUGUUGUGGAAAAUGAAAGAAGAAGUUAUUUUCAUCCACUGUCCUUUUCCCGAAAGCACCAUCAGAGCAAUAAAUUAAUAUUGUCUUUUAAAACAAGAUUUAGCUUUUCUUUCCUCCCCCUCCCCUUUUUUUUUUUAAUCCUUUCUCCCUUUCUUUUGUUUUUCUUUUUCUCCUUUUUUUCUUUUUUCUUUUUUCUUUUUUUUUUUUUUUUUUUUUUUUUUUUUUUUUCUCCAAAGAACUUCAAACAUUUGGGACCACCUGGUAUCCUGUAUUUCCACUGGCCAUAUUGGAAGCAGUUAUAGUUGUAUUGUAUUGAGUUGUGCCGGCAGUAGUUUCCAUGCCUAUCAAUGUAUCAUAGUCCUUUGUUGCCCAGAUAAAUAAAUAUUUGAUACGCUUUAUGUCGAUUUUUUUAUUCAGUGGCUGUCUUUACCCAGGCGUAUUUUUGUUCUUGGCAGUAUUUUUUAUUCAGUAUGGUUACAGUAAUUGAGUUUAACUCUCCCUUGACAAUUGCUCCUUGCAAUAAGCAGCUGAACCCAUUGUUUCCCUCAAGUAUAAUAAAAACUUACUUUCAAC